GAACACACACAUAGAUGAUAAUAUAAAUAACAAUUGAUCGAUCAAUCAAUUGAUUGAUUAAUCAAAUAUUUCUAAAUUUUGGCUUUGUGUGGUUGUGUUCUGCAAAAAAAAAUGUUUUCAACAAAUAUUCUUUACAAUAAAUUAUUAUUAAUUUUAUCUUGUUAUCUAAUUAUAGUUUCAGGUGAUGAUGAUUUUCAUUGGUCAGAUUGUGGUGGUCAAACCGUACGGUUUAAUCGAUUAGAUUUUCAACCAAAACCAUUAAUAUUAUCCAAAACGAAAGAAAUAUUUGUUACUGGUGAUUUUUCCAUCAUCGAAGAUUUACCGACCAAUGUUGAAUUGAUUAUUGUUCUGAAUAAAACAUUACAUUAUCAAGAUGAAGAUUCUUAUAAUAUAACUAUACCUUGUUUAGAUGGAACAUUUGGUUCAUGUACAAUUAAAUUAUGUGAUAUAUUUGAUACAUGGUUGAAUGAUAUAAUAUGUCCAUUUUUGAAGAAAAAUAAUCGUCCAUGUAGUUGUCCAAUAAAAGCUGGUAAUUUUAGUUUGGAAAAUAGCCGAAUAACAGUACCAUUUGAAAGAUUUAAAGGUUUUUUAGCACAAAUGGCAUCGGGAGAUUAUAAUGCCAAAAUUAUGAUCAAUAAUUUAGAUCAUUUUGGACCGGGUGAAAAUUUACUUGCUUGUUUAUUAUUGCAUGCAAGAUUGGCUGAAAAUUAAUUCGAAACGAAAAACUUGGAAACAAAAUG